AUAUUUUGAAAGAUGGUAUCGGACAUCCAAUUAGCAGUUGUCAUUUUACUUUACCUUCCCCGACCAAAAAUCUCAUUGGGUCCUUGGUCAGCAUUUUCUGCUGUGGUUCCUUUGUCUUAACCUUAGAUCUCCUCGUUGAACUUUUCAUUUUCAGCUUUCACCAUUACCCAUCUUCAUUCUUGAAGUUCUGCCUCCUCUGAUGGCGCUCUCUUCAACUUUUAUGCCUAAUUCAUCUCCAAGUUUGAACCUUUACGCCAAAUUUCGUAGACCCUUUCUCUCUCACUCUGUCAAUGUCCUUAAUCCCCUAAAGGUUCGAGCUUCAACUACUCUGGAUUUUUCCAACGUCUCUGCCAACGACAAACCCUCCACAUUGAAGGCUAGUAAUUGGCAAUGGAAAUUCAAGGACAAUUCUAUAAACAUUUAUUAUGAGGAACAUGUAAAGGAGAGUCCCGAGCCUUCCCAAAAUAUCUUGAUGAUGCCAACCAUUUCUGAUGUCAGCACUGUUGAGGAAUGGAGAUUAGUGGCUGGAGAAAUUGUUCAACGUAAUAGCAACGUCAAUUGGCGAGCAACUAUUGUUGAUUGGCCUGGUCUGGGUUAUUCUGAUCGGCCAAAGAUUGAUUACAAUGCUGAUGUCUUGGAAAAUUUUUUGGUUGAUCUCAUCAAUUCUCCUACUGGUCCAAUAAAACAACCAGAAAAUGAUUUAGUAAUUGUUGGAGGAGGGCAUGCUGCGUCAACAAUAAUCCGUGCCGCAAAAAAGGGUCUGGUGAAGCCCAAAGCCAUAGCUGCUGUUGCACCAACUUGGGCUGGUCCCCUUCCUAUUGUGUUUGGUCGAGAUUCGAGCAUGGAAACAAGGUAUGGUCUUCUAAGAGGCACCUUAAAGGCCCCUGCAGUUGGCUGGAUGAUGUACAACAUGCUUGUGAGCAAUGAGAAUGCAAUCCAAUCACAGUACAAAUCCCAUGUAUAUGCCAACCCUGAUAAUGUGACUCCUGAAAUUGUGGAAAGCAGAUAUGCAUUGACAAAACGAAAAGGAGCACGAUACCUACCUGCUGCUUUUCUGACCGGGCAAUUAGACCCAGUAACAUCUCGCGAGGAGUUUCUUCAACUCUUUGCAGAUUUGGAGGGAAAGACACCAGUCCUGGUUGUAUCAACCAAAGACUCUCCUAAGAGGUCUAAGGCUGAGAUGGAAGCUCUUAGGGGAUCCAAAGGGGUGACCAAGUUUGUGGAAGUGCCUGGUGCUCUUCUUCCACAAGAGGAGUAUCCUGCUAUGGUGGCAGAAGAGCUUUAUCAGUUCUUGCGAGAAUAUUUUGGCUCUUUGGCUUAAAAUUGACACUUUUUUUUUUUAAUAAUUUAUAUAUCAAAUAGGGAUUAUCAAUAUCAUUGGUGUUACUCAGCUUUUCCGCCUCUGCAUGUUGGUGGAUAAACCGUGUCAAUGGAAACUCCACCCCUGUUGUUUGUAUAGUUGAAAGAACUGAUACCAAAAUAAGUUUUCAUAGGAAGGAUGUACUCACAGGUGUUUGUUUGGCUGAGAUAUAUAU